AGCGGAAAAGUUUGCGAUAAGCGGACUACUGCAGCAGAUUUCAUUUAGUUCCAUACAAAUAUCAAUUUAACAUAACUAUUGAUCUGAAACACAAGCAACUAAAAGUUGAAGCGCACACAACUUAAUCAACCCUGAAUAAAGCUAAAAUAAAUCUGCCAUAAAUAUUGUUCGCUUACAUCAAACUCUCAGAAUUUUUCAAAAUCCGAAGCAAGGAGUACGAGUUGACGAAGUGCAGGCAAUAAUCACCGGUUUCUAAAAAUACGUUGAUUUUUUUAAUCAAAUUUUUUAGCGCAGGUAAGAAAGACGUUUUUUGCCUGUCUCUUAUAAAAACCUACGAAAUCUUAACAAAGUCAUUAGUAAUAAACUGAGCGCGCUAAACAGAAGUCGUCAGAAGGAUUAACUUUUUUUUUAAGGUUAGAGAAAUCCACUGUAAACAAAGAUUAAUGACUCAAGAAUUUGGGAAAUUCACGAAGACUAAGGAUCGAUUCUAAUAUACCGAGCAUUUCGAAUAACCAGAACACCAACCGACCAAUUCAACUCAUGAGCAGUUCAACAACAACCGACAAUCGGAGAAUGUCCAACACAUGGUCAAUUAACUCACCACAGCUUAUUAGAGACAGCACCAGUAAUGUGUCGACGGCUCUGAACUUACCACAACCACCAGAGCAUUGGUUGCUUGGAAAAGCGAAGGGUGUCUAUAAGGAAGAGCGUAAUGAGGAUGACUUGAAGAUAGCGAAGAAAACAAAUACCUUCGAUUAUUACAACUUGAAGAAGUUGCUAUAUAUUAAUAACUAUAGACAGCACGGCGAUCGGAGAAUGUCCAGCGAACACGGAGAAUGUGACUCACCUCAACCUAGUGACAAUAGCAGUAAUUCGUCAGAGACUUCAACCUUGCCACAACCGCCACAGCAUUGGCUGAUUGACAGAGCCGAAUAUGUCAGUAAAGCAGAGGGUAGUGAGGAGGAGCGAGAUAUGGCAAGAAAGAUGAAUACCUUGGAUUAUUAUAACUUGAAGAAAUUGUUAUAUGUUGAUAGCUAUGAAGGGUUUGGAGACUGUAACUCACCUCGCAGCAAUGGGUCGGUGGUUUCGACUUUGCCGCAACCGCCACGGCACUGGUUGCUUGGCAAAGCGGAAUAUGGCUGUAAGGAAAAGGGCAGUGCGAAGGAGCGAGCGAUGGCAAGGCAUGCAAGUACUUUCGAUUUUUAUAAUUUGAAGAUGUUGCUUUCAGGCGAAUAAUAUCUGUAAUUAAUUUAAUUAUAUUAUAUAUGAAUAUAUUAUAAUACUGUUACGUCUAUGGUAUACUUAUGUUCAACAAAUAUUGUAUUUUUACUCAUAAACCAACGCAGGCUUAAAUUAAGUAGAUUUUAAAAUAAAGUAAAGUUUUAAUUCAAAACAGUUCUGUAAAGCUUAUAUUUUGGAUGAAUAGAAAAAAUGGCAACUCUGUCCAUCAAUUAACUUA